UAGUGGAUCGUUGAAAUAACUCCCUCCAUUUUAAAAGUGGUUCCUUUUAUUACCCUAAGCCCAAAACCAGCACCUCAGAACCCUAAUUUCUCCACAAAACCCUAAUCCCAAUAUAACCCCCAACUCAUUUCUGAAAAAAGCUUGAAUUCUCCAACAAUGGCGACUCCAGCCCCCAAACAACUCCACUCAGUCCAAUGCUUCGGUCGCAAGAAGACCGCCGUCGCAGUCACCUACUGCAAAGAAGGCCGAGGUCUAAUCAAGAUCAACGGCACACCAAUCGAGCUAGUUCAACCGGAAAUCCUCCGAUACAAGGUGUUCGAACCAAUCCUUCUACUCGGUCGUCAGCGCUUCAAUGGCGUCGACAUGAGAAUCCGCGUCAAAGGAGGAGGUCACACUUCUCAAAUCUACGCAAUUCGACAGAGUAUUGCUAAAGCUCUUGUUGCGUACAACCAGAAAUUCGUCGACGAACAAACGAAGAAGGAGAUCAAAGAUAUUCUUGUGAGGUAUGAUCGUACUUUGCUUGUUGCUGAUCCUCGUCGUUGUGAGCCUAAGAAGUUUGGUGGUCGUGGUGCUCGUGCUAGGUUCCAGAAGUCUUACCGUUGAAGAACAUACCUUGUUUUAAUGGCGGAUUUCUGAGUUUAUUAUGGAUUGUUAGUGUUAUUUUUAAUGAUUAUGAGCUCUGUUUGUUGUUAGUUGAAAGAAACUUGAAACCCUAAUUUUUGAUUUUGUAAGUACUUGAAAGUUUUGAUAAAUCGUCAGAUUUAUAUUUUGAUGAUAUCGUAAAUGUUUUGGUUA